GUUUGUUUGUAGUAAAUAGGUUGAAGCGAUUCUAAAAUGCCGCCUGCUAGAGCAGUCCCGAUCGUUAUUGGCGUAGGAGACAUCAAAAACCGCUCACAAAAAGUCGAGGAUGCAAUCGAGCCUUUAAAUUUGAUGCUUCAUGCAACGCAGAAAGCACUCGAGGACACUGGUUUGUCCACAUCAGCUGCGAAAGAGUUACAAUCGCAUAUAGAUCAUGUGGGAGUCGUCAAUACCUGGACCUGGUUGUAUCCUGAUCUCCCCGGAUUGAUCUCAGACAAUCUGGGCAUCAAACCAAAGUUCAAGGUUCUAAGCCACCACGGAGGCGAUUCUCCCGCCAAGCUAUUCGAUGAAGCUGCAAGGAGGAUAUCACUUCGACAAAGUAAGGUGGCGAUUGUGACAGGUGGAGAGGCUUUGGCAUCAUGUGAGUUGGGUUCGUGUGCUGCUGCUGGGAAAAUGCCUCCUCCGGGGUGGACAUCCCCGGACGAGAGUGGUACUGCCGUCAGCGUUUCUGAUUUAUCAAGUAGGCAGCAAGGUCUUGGUACACUGCAUUCCAUUGGUUUGCCAAUACAUGUUUAUCCAUUGUAUGAGAAUGGGUUUCGUGCGCAUCGAAGACAGUCGGUAGAGCAGAACAACAAGGAGUCUUCUGAGCUAUAUGCCGAUUUUGCUAAGAUUGCUGAGGAGAAUGAGUUGGCCUGGAAUUAUGGUCAGCCCGCUGCCACUGGGGAAAUAAUUGGGACAGUAUCGAAGAAGAACAGGAUGAUAUGCUUUCCAUAUCCUUUGCUGAUGAAUGCAUUUAAUAAUGUUAAUCUUGCAGCCACAUGUUUGCUCACCUCGACUGAGUAUGCCAAAGAAUUGGGUAUCCCUGAGGAUCGUUGGAUAUAUCCUCUUGGAGGCGCGGGCACAAGUAACGCUGCGAACUUUUGGGAAAGACCGAACUUCUAUUCCAGUCCGGCGAUAUCGAGAUCGUUGGAUGAAGCCCUGAAAGUGUCGGGGCUUGCAAAGGACGAAAUUGACGUUUUUGACUUCUAUUCCUGCUUCCCUAUUGUACCCAAACUCGCAUGCGAGCAUCUUGGACUUCCAAUAACGAAACAAAACAAACCUAUAACGCUUCUCGGCGGCUUGACGUCGUUUGGUGGGGCAGGAAACAAUUAUUCAAUGCACGCGCUCACAGCAAUGGUAAGAGAACUGAGGAAGGGAAAAGUCCAGCGAGGAUUGGUGCUUGCAAAUGGCGGUAUGGUGACAUAUCAAUAUGUUGUUUGUUUGUCUUCAAGACCUAGAGGGUCACCGUAUCCCGACCGUAAUCCCUUGCCGGAUCUCCUCACUAAGGAUCCGGCACCUGAAAUAGUUGAGAAGGCCGAGGGCGGGGCAGUAAUUGAGACGUAUACUGUUGAGUUCAAUCGGGAUGGGACUCUAUCCCGAGGUCAUGUUGUAGGUCGUUUGAAGAAUAGUAACCAUCGAUUUAUUGCAAAUCAUGGGGAUGAGAAUACUUUGAAACAACUUGCCAGUGCAACUAAAGAGCAGAUAGGGAGAGAUGGUUGGGUAAGUACAACAGGUGAUGGCCGGAAUUUAUUCGUAUUCAAUAACAGUGGGAAGUUGUAA